CUUCCCAUGAGUGGCCAGUAGAUAGACAGAGCUGGGCUCUUGUCUCGUCAUGUCUGUGCAAGUUGUUGUGUCUCUGCAACGACCACGUGUUGGACACCAAGAGUGGUAUCAAAACUAAUCCUAAGGUUUUUGGAAUUUAGAGUGACGGCUUGACCAGACGGAUACUCCACAGGAGAUGGAACCCUUUUCUGACCAAUUCAUGGAAUUCCAUCCCAUCCAUGGAACUAACGUUAGACUAGACCACUCAGGAACGCAGGCCACGAGGGUGGAGAGCUUUGCUAAUGGAGUGUGUUUCAGCAAACAUCCCCUAAACCCCGGGGAGAUCUUUCUGAUAGAGAUUGAGGAUAAGGAGCUGGGAUGGUGUGGCCACCUCCGCAUUGGCCUGACCGCUAGAGACCCCAGGAACCUUGAUGUGGUACCUGAGUAUUCCAUUCCAGAUCUGACAGAUCUUGGUGACAGCUGGGUGUUUGCCAUCACUCGCAACCACAAUAAGAUCAGAGAAGAUUCUGGGGUUCAAGAGGAGGAAGAAGGUCUAGCUGGAGGUCACAGGCUGGGGAGGGGCUUAGCUGAAGAUGAAGCUGAUGAUGAGGCAGAUAGAGGAAGAAGAGUCAACACCAUGUCAAAGACCUUCUUUACUGACACUCACUUGUACAUUGAGAACGUACGGAUCCCCAGAGACAAGCUGGUCGGCCGGAGCCGGCCCGGACGCUUCAGUCACAUUUUGGACGACUUGUAUAAGACGAAUGCACUUCCCCCCACAGCCAGACGCAGCAGGAUAGGUGUUCUCUAUGUGCCUAAAGGCCAGGGGCAAGCCGACAUGCAUAUUGUCAUCAAUGGGGAGGACAUGGGAGCUUCUGCGAGGGCUAUCCCCACCAUUCAGCCCCUCUACGCAGUGGUGGACGUGUUCGCUGCUACCAAGUGUGUCCGCAUUGUCCAGGUGGAGUAUGGAUUCUCCUCUUUGCAGACAUUGUGUAGGAAAGCCAUCCAGAAGCACAUUGUUCACAGGAUGGCCAUUGAUUGGCUGGAGCUCCCAGAGGCACUCAAACAUUACUGCAAGUACGAAUGAAAGAAAAAGAAUGAAAUGGACAGGGAUGUCAUUGCACACAUUUUCAGACAAUGAAAUGUUAUUUAUUUCAUAUUGUGUUUUGUUUAUAUGAAG